AUGGCGUCUGCUCUGAAUGACGUUUUUGCGUCUGCUCGACACACUCGUCGGAGGAUGCCUUGUUCGCGUGGGGGGCCUGCCUCGUGUCCAGGUCCAAAAGCGUCGUUCCCAUCACCUGUGGCCUUGUCGGGCUCAUCCAUAUCCUCUUCGGACUGGUCCGCAUAUUUUUCGCCGCGCCACUCAAACCUGCACACUGCCGUUUUCUCGAAGCGGUCACCCUCGUCCUUUUUGACGUCAUCGGCGACGGCGAGUUCUUCCAGGGGAAUCUAUUCACCCUCAACCCCGCCCAAAGCAGUCCCCACCGAUACAGCUUUGCCGACACACUGUUGGCUGGCGGUGUCUCCUCCUCUUCCCAUUGGCAGCGCUCACUGCUGUGCAUCCGCUUCCGCUCCAGUGUGCCUUCAGACUCGGUCUGUGUCGCGGCUCUCAUUCUGCUCCAGACCCUCGUUGACACUUCCACCUUCGCCUUCUUGUGUGCGCCCGGUCUCAUCUCUACCUUUCUUCUUGCCCCAUCCUUCGUCUUCUCUCCAGGGAACGGGGAGAAACGUCUUGUGUCGUCCGGCGGGACCAAAGGGUACCAAAGCCCGAAGAAGCAAACUUGGUCCCAAGCGCGCAACUCCUGUGUGGGCAGACUCCCACGACCAGUCGCGGGGAUCUUGCCGUGAACCGGGACCGUCCUCGUUUAGAUAUGACAGCUUGGAGAGGUGCACAGGGUGUCCCCAGGUGACGCCUUGCGUUCGACCCCCUGGAUCUCCACGAUCAAGUAGGAAUCUCUCGUCUGCCAGGUUGUCAACGAAGGUGGUGUCGCCCGUCGCCUCCGCCACAUCUCCUCUCUUUCCUGUUCACGCCUCUGGGCCUGCUACUGUGUCCGCACGCUCUCUCCACUCCUGCUCAUGCGGCGCGCCCUCGUCGACGUCUGCUCUUGUGUUGUCUUCCUACUCCUUCCUGCUCUCACCGUCUUUCCCUUCCGCCUUCCAGCCCUCUGCUCCGGCUUCCUCGUCUGGUCCUUCUUCCUUUUCUGUGUCUGCUUCCUUCGGUGAUAUUUGCCGGAACCCUCCUCGCUCCUUUCCCUCGGGCGGCUUUGGUGCCGCUUUCUGGCGGCCUGCCCCCCCACGCUCGUCUUCAUCGUCUUCUCCACUCGCUGUCGACUCCCUGUGUUUUUUUGCUAGCGAGCCGAGAUCCUCUCUGCCUGGAGGUGACCGCAGGAAAGAAGACGCUUCUUCAACCGGCAGAACAGGAGACUUCCGGGAGGGGCGGGAAGGCCAAGCGAACUCCCCAGAUGUACCUGAAGCAGCAAGCACAAACGCAGGAGCGUCUGUCGCAGGAUGUCCACCGCCACACGAAAAGCAAUCUCCGUCGUUGGCAGCUGCCGGGGGAUCGGGUGAAUCUGAGAUUGAAUUUGUGGCGGGUCGGCAUUCAGCAGAUGAAACGCGUCGCAGCGAUGGGGCUUCCUCGUUUGCUUCGUUUUGUUCUCCUCCUCCCUCGUCGGAGCCUCCUCGUUUUUCCUCAGCUCCGCAUCGGUUGUCUCCCCGUCACCUUGGAGACUCAGAUCCCUCUUCCACGUUACCGGAUCAAUCGUCGUUUUCCCAACACCCACCGGGUCCUCUCGAACUUCAGCAGGAAGACACGACAGCCUGGAACCACCUGCUCGAUGAUUUGCUCCUUCCAGCGUCUCCGCAUUUAAAAGACUCGAGUCCAGAGGGUCACGCGGGCGUCUCCGAACGCCUCCACCGUCAUCGUUCCCCUGGGUCUCCAGCCGCCCUGUCUCCUCACUUUGGGCCCCCUCUUUACCGGGCCUCUUUUUCUCCUCCUAUCUCGUAUUUUCCCCCAUCAUCUGCUUUCCCGUCUUCCCAUUCGUCGCCGUCGCCUGCAUCUUUCUCUCCUUCGUCAUCCUUUCCUCUCUCUCGCGGUCCUUCGUUGGCUUCGCGCGCUUCUUCCCCCGGUCGCGUCCCGAUCCACGCCUCCCGCGCUGAAGGCGCAGCCGUGGCGGCUGCGGCGGCGGCAGCGGCGGCGCGGAGAAUGGCGGCGGUCGCUGAGGCCCUCGAGUGGACUGAAGAGGUCAAUCGUCUCUUCGCCGGGGACAGAAAGGACAGAGGAACUCAAGCGAUUGGAAGAACGGGGAUUUCCGCGCGAUGUUCCCGCGAUCCGUCAGGACGGCACCCGGCUGAACCGCCUGAUCACGCGUUGCGACAUAUCGCCCCGGCACACCUAGUUCGCUCGCCCGCCUCGACGCCGCCUUCCCCUCUGCCGCGAGGAUUAUACAUGAAUCACCAGUUUCCCGUCCUUGCGAAUGCUGCCCUCAAGGGUUUGUACGAUCGACUGUUUCGCUCGAGGAAACAGACGCUGCCUUUUUCAAAGCGGAAGAGAACCGGGGUGUCCAGACAUCGUGAAUGGGAUCUUCGGAGAGGCGCCUUGCGUGCAUCUUGUUCUACUCUACCGGACGCGCCACUGCUGCUGCGAACGUGCCAGAGUGAAAGCGGGAGAAGAGACAGAGUCUUUAGCUCCGGAGCCUGGCGUGACCACCAGCGCAGCGCAGCCCCGAGAAUUUCUGGCAAAGGGAUAGGACGAAGGCCAAAGAAUAAGCGACGUGUUGGAUGGACCGAAAGCCCCGCUGGGGAGGCAAGCUCCACCGCACUGGCUCACGCAGCCCCACGCCCUCUUCCCGCGGAGUUUCAUUCGCCGGGAGCGCCCCGAGCCGACGCGUCUUCGGCGACUGAUCUUUCUUCUGCGAGUGUUCGCCUGAGCGGAGAGAAGACUGACACGACCUCUCCAGUUUCCGAAGAGGGAGAGCAGGGGCAAUCGCAAGACACGAGUCGAGACAAGAAAGCGGCCGAAGCCAGUUCCUCGGUGGCGGCGGCCGUGUCUCACCGUGCAGUCUCCCCAAAGAAAGAAGACAUCCUGAAGGAGGCGCGUGAAGAGACGCGAGGAGACGAGGCGUUUGUGCGUAUGGUGGACGCCGACCCUCAGACACCUGAGAGAGAUCGCGCGCGCUGUGUCGGAUCUCUCGGUGACCUCGAGAAAGGACGGACGGUAGCUUCGAGGCCACUCCCAGGAAAGAUGCAGCGGGAUGGAUGUGUCUCCGCAGAGUCGAAGCCGGCACGAGCAGAAGGGACAGCGCUCGGAGAACCUGGAGACAGCGCGAGGGACUUGAUUGUAGGCCGCGACGCUUCGGGCGCCAGUCAGGUAUUGGUUACGGAGCCUCCAGAGGCUGGUGCACCCGUCCGUAGCGUGCGCAUGCAGCGAGAGCCAGCUAAACGAGGCGACCAAAUAACAGGAGAAGUUAGCGCAGAGCAUGGAAGCGGCAAGGAAGGCCGAGGGGCGUCCCAUUCGGUGAGUUCCUCGAUGGUCGGGGGAGAGCAGCGGGCGAACGCGGAGACAGCCUGGGAACGCCUCGAGACGCACGGCCCCAGCGACGAUAGGAAUGCUACACAGGCACCAAAGGGGGAGCGCACUAGGCAAAAGUCCUCUUUGUCAGAUGCGCUUGGUUCGCGGCUGCAGGAAGGACUUCCAGGGACACCUGACGAAGUCGAGCGGGCGGCGGAGACAUUUCAGGAACCUGUGGCCGCCGCAGCGUCUCCGUCCUUUCCUCCUACGAAGCCGCCAGAAAUCGCGCCAGCCUUUCCCUUUGUCGCAGAAGAAACUGUGAAGCCGGCGAAACUCGACGGUCGCUGUUCCACCAAUUUGUUGGUGCUUGCCAAGACAGCCGAAAGCGUGGAAAGAAGGUUGUCCAGCGAAGAUGUGUGGACGUGUCUGACGCGCCUAGCGUCUUCUCUUUCUGACCAGAUUCGGAAUCUCGUUUUUGCGUCUGCCUCCGAGCUGGAUGGCCGCUGGUCGGGCGCCUCGCCCUUUUUCCAGAGAGUCUACGGGAACGCCGGAACGCACUUCUCGUUGCUCCGCUCGCGGCUGAGUGAGUGGUGCUAUCAGAACGGCAAUGUGUUGGUCACGAUGGGCUCCGUUCUGUCGCUGACGGGGACGGUUAUGGCGGAUAUGCGUCUGCUUCGAGGCUUCAACCUUCUCGCCGGCAUUUGCUUUUUUUCGUACAACUACACCCGGAGGCCUUCUAUGACCGACGCUGCGGCUUGGAACGUUGUGUUCUUUUCCCUCAACUUCUUCAUGCUGUACCGCUACCUGACGGAGCACAACGAGGUCGGGUUCACGAAUGAUGAACUCGACGUCUUCGAGAAAUACUUCCUCCCAGCAGGCCUCUCGCCUCGCCGUUUCCGCACCCUGUUAUCGGUAGGCCAGUGGGAGACGCUGCCUGCAGGGACGGAGAUCGCGCGCCCUGGCGAGCCGGCAAAGAAGCUGCUGUUCAUUCUCAGAGGGAGAGUCGACGUGUACCAGCACGGAGACCUCCUGGAACACUACAAUGGGAGCGACGGCGCCCCUGUCGUAGGUCUCGAGGCGUUUCUCUCCUACGUGUCGGCGCUGAGGCGCCUGGCUGCCCUCGGGGAAGCGACGAAGAAAUCCAAGGCCUCGACGGGGGCGCCUGGAGCCAGUGGAAGUGAUCCGAGCCCUACGUCGUCUCCCGUGACCGUCGCCGGAAGCCCACAGGCGGUGGGCGUGGUGCAGACGCCUAGCGGAGACGGGGGUCAGGGGUCGGCCAGAGCGGAAGACACGGAACCUCCGACUGCGCUACGAGAAUAUUCAGCGACAGGCGGCCCUGCCGAGACGCCUGCAUACACAGCAGUGCUCAGUCGCGGAACCGGCGGCAAUGGAACUCCGGCAAGCCGAGAGGGCGCCGAAGGAGGAGCAGGAAUUGAAGCAGAGACAAGGCGGGAAGAAAAGGAGGGCGCUGACGAAGGCAACGCCGAAGGCCUUGGUUUACGAGGUACCCAGUCCAGUGUCUUGCCUCUGUCGUCUGAUCCCACAGGUUCCCUACCGACGCCCGACGAUCCCCAACAAGGGGAAAAAGGCUCUCGUGGGACAGGGGAGGGCGCGUUUACCAGAGACCUCGGCACAGGGCGAGGAGGAAGCGAUGCGCGCGUCCCGGAGGCUCUGGGGAGUGAGGCGCCAAGUGGCGCUGCAUGGGCUAUGCCGACUAGGGGGCUGAACGUGCCAGAGGGGCCCGGAGAGAAAGAGGAGGAAGAGGAAGAAGAAGGCCUGCUCUUGCCGCCUCUCCAGGAAAGGGAAGACCCUGCCUCGACAAAAACAGGUGCACCCGAGGCCGCGGAGGGUCCAGCCGCCCACACUAGGGCGUCCUAUUUCCACGAAGCCGCCGUGGUCUCGGAAGAAGAGGAGGACGAAGAGGAAGAAGAAGCGAUUUGGUCACGUUUUCUGCGCUCCGGCCGCCGCCGCAGCCCACGAGGCAUGCUCAGAGAGGAAGAGGCGAGGUCGACACAGGAAAAAGAAAUCGCAGAGUCCCUCGAGUCGGGGAGAGCGUCUGACAAACGAGCUGUGUGUGUCACAGACUGCGACGUCCUUGUCUUCGAUAUCGAAACUGCUGCUCGAUUUAUUCUCGACGACCCCGUCAAAGUCGGCUUCCCUGUCCUCCAAGGUCUCACUUCAGUCCUCGUCGAACGGGCAUAUGCACAAUCAUUGCGCCUGGCUGUCAACAACUACGACUCUGUCGUGGCAGGUGUUCUCGCAGAUGGCGCUGUGCAGACCGAAGAGCGGAGCUUCUUGCAGGAGUGGAGAGCGCGGCGAGGAAUCAGCGAGGCUCAGCACAUUGAGGCUUUGCGUCGCUGUGGCUGGUCCUUGGAAGAGUUUGAACGCGGGGAGAGACACCGGUCAGACGGAGGCUUCGCGGGCACCGUCGGACGCGCAUUGUACUCUGUGCUGACGCUGAGUUUUCUGAGGAAUGGUGGCAGAGCGGCAGACGGCAGCCCGAGUGGCGGCGGGGGAGAGAAGGAGGCACAAACGCCGGUGGGAAGUGACGGGGAGAAGAAAGAAGAGAAACUGGUUGAUGCAACCGGGGGGACGACUGCAUUGCUGGGCUCGCGUUUGGAGGCCUCUUGGACCGGCGCAGAGAAGAAAGGCGAAGGCGCACAGGGAGCGCACGGACUUGUUCAGCAGGACAACGAGGCAGACAAGAGAACGAGUUCGUCGGAUAGUGGCGAAAAGGGUUCUUUGCAUUCACGCCUACGUGCUGGGACCCAACCGGGGCCGGCGGCCUCGCCCAGCGAGGCUGACAGGGAGACUGGCGGAGCACCGGGAGACCGGAAGACAGCUGAAUGUUUUGAGGAAGGGAGUCCCACUCAUUCCCGGAAUUAUUUGUCAAGAAAGACGGAAACAACCCCUAUAGACCGUCGAGCUGUAGAUGGGUCUGGCGGCUACACGGCUUAA